CUCCACGGUCAGUUUGGCACUUAAACCGGUAAUCUGCAGUGCUCCGCUCCUCGCUGUUUUCUUUAUCGGUUUAUUCUUUACGGCCGAGAACGUAUUUAUGAGUUUUAAAACGAAUUUUUUAAAAAUCUAAGAUGUAGAGGGAGAAUCUUAGGCUGUGUUUCAUCGGGUUUAUUUGAGUAUUUGACGAUCCUGGGUGGCGAGCGCAUUUGCACGUUGUCUGCUCUUUUCGUGCGUUUGUCUCUCCAGCUGUACCUCAGCAGAACAAGAUGGGAAAGGUCUCAGAGAAGUGAAGCUCUGUAUUUGCGUGCUUAAUGAACAUCACGUUAUGAACGGGGUAAAGGUGGAAAACACUGGCGACAAUGUCAACAGAAGCAUGGAGGAGCAGUAUCGGACGCUUGCGUAUGAUACGGCGCUCAGUACUUUAUUAGCAGUGGUGGUGUACGUGGUCGUCAAAGUGAGCUUGGACGGGAUCCGACAAUGGCGGGCAAGAAUCUCGGUUCUGAUCGUGGGCUCCGGUCCUAUUGGCCUGACGGCUGCACUGGUCGCUGUUCGCACCGGUAAGGUGCUGAAACUCACCGUGCUGGAUGAGCGCUACAGGACCGCGCUCCUUUGCAGACCUCAGCAGAUCGCUCUGGACACCCGCAGCGUCAAAUUCCUUCUGGGCUUGGGAGUAGACUUUGAUAACAUGGAGGGAUGCUGGCACAACGACCACUUCUUCACCAAAAUUGGAGUGUUUCAAGAAUAUCUGUUGAGCAUCCUGGAGCAGAAGAAGCAGAAGGUCGAUGUGAAAGUCCAGUUAGGAACAAAGUUUACGGAUGAGUAUCUGCGAAGGAUCCCAAGUGGAGAGUGGCCCCGAGUCAUUGUCGUGGCUGACGGCUCUUGUGGGGACUCCUGCUCAGUGUUGGGCAUUAGCUCAGAGUACAUCGUUGAGUCAUGCCAUGCCUAUGGAGCUAAUGCCACCAUUGAGAGACUGGACCAGAGACAGGUCCCCACUCCAGAGAUCAGAGCUCAUAGCUUGUACUUUGACCUGUCAGCAUAUGGCAUUGACGCUGUUAAAGAACCUCGCAACUAUUCUCAAGCUGCAGCUAAGCCAGGCUUCCACCUGAAGAUCUAUGGAACUUUCCGGAACCGCUACAUGGCGCUGGCCUGCACAUCCGCCGACUCGAAGAUGAUGCGUUUCCUGCGCCACACAGCCAACUCCAUAAUCAUGAAGAACAUCUUCCACCAGUCGUUCAACGCCUACAAAAUGGACAUCGAGCCUCGCCUGAGCGAGCUCACCCUGCACCGCGUGCAGUGCAGCCGCAAGCUCUUUGAGAUCAUGCUGUCUCACCGCCGUGCCAGUGCUGCUUACAUCGAGGGUGACAACGUGGCUGUCACAGUGGAGGGAGAGGCUGCCCGCAUGCUCAACUUUGACACUGGUUGUGGUGUCAACCUCGGGAUGAGGGGCUUGGAGGCACUGGGGGUGUUCAUCUACAGGACUGCCACUGCCCAGGAUCACAAUGAUGUAUUUGAGGCCCUUUCAGCCAAAAUCCAGCACUCAAGACAAGUGGCUGAGAGCUACAGACAAACUGGACUAGCAGCGGCUAUGUUUGAAUGAAUGUGUGAAACAGUAGAAGAGAAAGAGAACAGUUUUCUCUCUAAAGGUUUACAUGACUAAACGGUUGUAGGUGAAGUGAAUUGUGAUAUAACUGUCGUAAUUGAACUGUUGUUGAUUCAUGUAAGUGCUAAAAGGGACCAAAGUUUGUUAGCUUUUGCUUCGCAAAAAUUAAGAUCUGCUUUACUGCAGAGAUCACUGUUUUAUGAAAAAAAAAAAGGUCUAGUGUGCAGUGCAGGCGUGUUCUAAAACUCUUGAUCAAGUUCCAUGUUUCUACACACACACACACACAGUGCCCACCUAGUAUCAUGCCAGAUAGACUAAUACAGGCAGCAUUGUUAUUAAACCUCUCUUUCUGAAAUACACUUUUUGAAUGCUUUUUAAAUUGACGACAUACUGCUUUAUUUGCUGUUUUCACCCAUUUUUUUCACUCUCGUUUUGGCUAUAAGCUUUACAAAAGUGCCUGGCAGAUAUUGAAGCAAACAUACACCUAGGUGUUGUACAUGAGGCCUCAAGAGAAGUAAUGAUAUUUGUUAAUAAAAUUGAAUAUG